UGGCUCUAAGGCAGCUUCCCCAGGACGACAAUUCUAUAUCGGAAGCAGCGGUUUCCUCGGUCUUGUUGCCUCACAUAUUCAAUCGCAUUGGCAUCACUUCUAAACACCAAUUGCUUAUGCAAAGUAAUUUUGGCAUGACGGCAAGACACCCGGGAAGUACCAAGAGAUCGACAUGACGACCCUUCAACCUCGAGCUCCGUACACGGACGAAGAGCUUCGGAAGCUCUAUCCGGACGGCUUAGACCUCCAAUUGGUUCAGAUUCUCCUCCGCCAUGGAGAGCGCACGCCAGUUUCUGCGCGGUUCCAGAAUCAAGGACUGCCGGCUUUCUGGCCGUAUUGUUCCUCGGUGCGCCAGAUGAAGUCGGCAGUUCUCGAGGAUGCCGAGAAGAAGGCGGCCGGCGAAUUUUCCCAAUUCAGCAUCCUGGAAUGGAAGCGACGGCUCGAGACCUUUGGCCAGAAUGACGAGCCCAUGGUUGCGACCGGGCCUGGGGGCCAAUUGGACGAUGUCUGCGAUAUGGGCGCCUUGACCGAUGUUGGCCGUGUCUCGACCUAUCAGCUUGGUCUACGGUUGAGAAAGCUAUACGUGGACCGUCUACACUUCCUCCCGCCCACCAUAUCGUCAACCAAUUCCUUCUAUCUCCGGUCCACGCCCAUACCCCGUGCCCUUGAAUCUCUGCACCAAACCUUCUCGGCGCUCUAUCCACCCUCGGCGCGCGAGCCAGGACCCGAUGGCAUUUUCCCGGCCCCUACCAUCCUGACCCGGGCCCCCGGGGACGAGACUUUGUACCCCAAUGACAGCAACUGCCGUCGAUUUGCUGCGCUGUCCCGUGCCUUCGCCCAGCGCGCUGCCGAUCGGUGGAAUCUGUCGCCCGAGAUGGAACAGCUAAACCAGGUCUUCGGCAAGUUGAUGCCACCAGGCAGUCCCAGGGUGGCGGUCGAUUCCCGGCCUCGGCUCUCCGGCAUCAUGGACACCGUCAACGCGACGCUAGCCCACGGCCCAGCGACGAGACUUCCCGAGGAGUUCUACGACACGAAAUGCCGCAAGAUCAUCGAGAAGAUCGCCGUCGACGAGUGGUUCAGCGGCUACAAGGAGUCGCGGGAGUACCGCACGCUCGGGGUCGGCAGCCUGAUGGGCGAUAUCGUCGCGAGGAUGGUCGGCAGCGUCGAGCGGAGCGGCGCGGACGGGGAGCACGAGACGAUGAGGAAGUCCGGGCAGGGCAAUGCACACAUCAAGCUCGGCCUCAGCGGCUGCCACGACACCACCCUUGCCGGCAUCCUGGCGAGCUUGGGCGCCUUCGAGCCCGGAAAUUGGCCGCCGUUCACGAGCCACAUCGCCGUCGAGAUGUUCCGGAAAUCGACUCCGCCGCGUGAUGGUACUCGAAGCCGGUUGGCAGGCUUACUCCCGAAGGCUGCCGCUCAAAGCCAACCUGAUGACAUUGGGCGCAGGCCCACUGAGGAGUUGACCCCCGCCGAGAUACAGAAACUGGAUGGCUACUACGUGCGACUGCGAUACAAUGAUGAGCCAGUGACAAUCCCCGGUUGCAAGGCGCCAGGCAAUCAUCUUGAGGGAGACGAGAGUUUCUGCACAUUAUCUGCCUUUAAAGCCAUCGUCGACAAGUACACGCCAAAGAACUGGAAGCAGGAGUGUCAGAUGAAUGCCAACUUUCCUGCGGUUCCUAUCGGACAAUUGGAGCCCGCGGGAUAUUAGCCUGGGCCCUGGAACACCUUCCGCCAAUAACCCCUGUCCUUUCAGCUAGAGAAUUUUUGAGGUGACGGACCUACAUCGUCGUAUUUAACAGAGACACGGGAGAUAAUCACGGGCACUUAGAAGCUUCUCUUCGAUCCAAGGCAAGUACCUAGAUAGUAAUGGCCGAGAGCUGGAAUAUAUAUAGUGAAUAGCAAGUACAGCCAUUUAAAACUACUGUCGACUACAAUAUGAAGAACCUGAUGGAGAUUG